UAACGUGCAGAUGUGCAAAUCUGCUUCUGAGCUUUCACCUCGCCACGUAAAACAUGGGUAACGGUGAAGAGAUGCCACUUCAAAGCACGUGCGGGUGCAGGAGCACCCCUCAGAAAACCUCCCCGCUGCCGUCCUCGGGGUGCCACGGGGGGAGAGGGCAGAGCCGGGCGCUGAGCCUGCCCUCGGCCACGCUGCCUCGUGGGAGGUGAGCCGCUGCUGGAAGGGGAGAGGAGCCGAAUGGCUGAAUUUCUUCUCUGAGUGCGGCUCGCGUGGCCUUCUGUGUAUCCUGAGUGGAAACCUGCGCUCCGAGGUGCCUUGACACUGCUGGAGUGCUCAUGCCAUGCUGGGGAGUCCUAAUUAGCUGGCUUCGUUGUAAUUCUAUUGAGGCUGCCUUAGUGACCCAAAACUGGUAUAUGCUGUUUGUAAUAGAGCUCCAGUCGACAUGAGGGUUCUCUAGCCGUGCAAAUGGAAGAGGAGCUGAACUUUGCAGCGUGAUGCUUUUAAGAGCGAAAUCUGGCUGUUAGGGAAGAGGCGCGCUGCCCCUGACACUGAUGGCAGCGUUGCCUGCUGACAGUCUGGAUUUCCACAUGUUUGGCUUAAAUGACUGAAGGUGGAGGGGGUAGCGUUUUUCUGAGGUUUUCGUUUGUCAGAAAGGCUGGUCUGCCACAGGUACUGAGGAAAGCUUGUAGGACUGCUUCAUCUUCAUGUGACUGAAAGCGAGAAGGAUGUAAUAAAGCUGGGAGUUUUUCGUUUAAUGUCUGUAGAAUACAUCAUCUUGAAACUACAGUGCUACUACAUCCCACUUACAAUUGUCUAUCUUCAUAGUCUGAAACUAGGGUUUUUUUAAAUUAAAAAGAGUGCCUUUCCAGGGUAUAUAAAUGAAAGCAAAAUUAGUUAUGUAAAACAGAUCUGUCACUGCUGUCUGGGGGUGAAAAUCUUGUUCAGCAGAUGACUUUUGCAGUGUCCUCAAACUGUAGGAAUUGUCAGGAUACCUUCCAGGAAACAAAGGCGGGCUUCCAGUAGAUGCAGUCUACAGAGUGGACGAGGAAGCACAAGGACAGGUUUGGAAACUUCUUGAGUCGUGCUGAGCCACAGACAGUAAGACUUGAGAUUCAGCUCGUGAGUACAGCAUGUAAGAAGCUGCUGUGUUGCUUGUGGUUAAGCUGGAGACCAGGGCAUCUGCGCCCGAACUGUGGCUCCUGGCGUUGUGGGCAACCCACUGCAGAGCCCCCAUGGAUUUGACAGAGCAGUGAGGUCUCUUGCGUGAAGCUGAGCAUGCACAUCGCCCAUCAGUGGGAAACUGCUGCCGUGAAGCUUCUAGAACCUGUUCUACAGUACCAUUGCCACGAUUAUCUUCUGAAUGUGAUGACUGGAAGAGGCAGUCAGAUGCAGAUGCGUGGUGGCCGUGGCCGUUUAGGAAGUCACCAAAAUGCACGGGUGGCAGCAAGCGUAGAUUGGAUGGAAGAAAUUCUUGCUGAAUGUGGAAUGUGGGCAACUUGUUCCCUGGGCUGUGUGCUGCUCUAAGUCUGCUGUGGUUUAUUGCUAUGUGGGAUAUAGCAUGUUUAAAUUAAGUUCUCUGUUUCAGAGAAAUCUAAAUCCCAUUAGGACGUGGGGACCGUACGUAACCAAAGCACAUACUCAGGUUGGUGCUGUUGGCACAAGGCUGGGGUCACCUGGGAUUAGUUUGGUUGAGCAAGAAGGAAGAAACAUUAGGCUCUCCGUGUAACAAGUGACUACGCUUAUAAGUCCUGGCAGUGUUUCUCAGUGUCUGAAAGAAAAUAGAAGAUUUUCUGUGGGUGUAGGGGAACCAUCUCUCUGAAGUGCUCUGAGCACGUGCACGCCUUACCAUUGGCUUCUGCGUGUGCGGUUGUCGCCUAGGAAUCUCCGCGUAGGCAGGCAACGCAAAUUAGCUGCAACUUCCGUCUCAUCUGUAACUUUAGUUAGCAGUUCCAACGUAUCCUGCAUUACUGGUUUGAAUGGUGAGUCCUGACUAAAGCACUUCACAGAUGGCCAAAGGAAGGCUUACAUUCUACCUUUGGGAGGAUGAGAGAUUUGAAAAAACAGGUGAAAAGAGAGAGAGAGGUAACUCCAGCAUAGCUUUAAUUACAGUAGGCAUGUUCAGGGUGGUAAGUACUAAAUAUGUGGGGAGGCAGCAUAUGUUUAGUGUUAGAAAUGUGAAUUAAGUUCUAGUAAAUUUUCUUUGGUCUCUUUCAUUCCUCUCUGGAGCUCGGAUGCAUGCAAGUUUCCUUCAGUUCCAGGACAGUUCAGUAAGAUUUUUUCGAAGUGCUGUGAACAGGCUGUUGGUGCCUCAAACCCCCUGAUCUUGGCAAAGAUACUGAGGUCAUGGCCAAACCAAAGCUACAAGACUGAGGAAUGCGUGCAGCUCCCUGGGAAGGCUGGAGAUAUCUCCAUUGACAUUGAAAAUGUUUACGAAGUGUUAACGCUAUUCAGCCGGAGCCCCUGCAUCAUCAUGGGCAGGGACACUGAGAUUUCUGUUCUGAUAACAGUGCAUUUGAGUGAUAUACCAAGUUCCAUGCAGUGGGAUUCCUGUCUUCCAGCAGCAUGAGAAAUGGCUGCUGUGCAGUUCUGAAAUGCAGAGAGACACAGAGGGAACAGAGCAGGUCGUUUCUCAUCCUUUUUUUUUUUUCCUCUGAGAGUCUUUCAGUCCCUAUUAGAAAAGGGAACUUGUGUCCAAUAAGGAAUUAAAAAUACCAUAGUAAGAAAAUUGCUACUCUGCUAUUGCUGUACUUUACCUGAAUAAGUAGAUGCUUUAGCCUGAAAAAUGCUGCUAAAAGGGAAAGUGUUAGGUUUUCACCCGGUGGGAGAGUAUCUUGCUUGAAAUGAAAGGUUGCAUUCAGAAACCACUUGUUUUUUAUGCUCUUGGAAGUUAAAUGCUCCAUUACUGGCCUCUGAUCAGACAUUUUCUGCACUUGUAACGGGUGCUAAUGCUGGAAGAGGCAGUCGUGGCCACUUCUGCUGCUGUACUGGCCUUUCCUUGAGCUGGCGCCAGUGUUUGUACAGCUGAAUUGCAAAGUACUGGUAGUGCUGAUGGAGCUCAAAGCUGGCUGGUCUGGAUUUCAGCCAGGCCUGGGCUGGGUCCUGAUUCAGAUCGUCCUGCAGGUACAUGGGUAGGGGGAGCAGGAUAGGAAUAAGCCAUGGGGCAAGGGAGCAGGGUUUCUUUGGGGGGAUGGUGCAGCUCUCAGCAAGUAACUUUACUAAAUGUGUCAUGGUUCGAUACUAAGUAUUGAAUCAAUUGAUGAUCAGGUGAGUCAAAAUCUGUUCUGAAAGCUUAGCAGUGCUCACCUUAAUAAACAUUCUGAAAAGUUAAUUAUUCUUUUGUCAGGUUACUGUGCUGUAAUUCUUAGAGUGCAGUACUGAGACCAAAUGUCCACUCCUCGGUGUGUGAAGUGGAAGCCACUCUGUCACAUGCAGAUAGGAACAUUAGCUUUUUUUGUGUCCUCGUGUGCUUUAGCUUCCUGUAGUCAGUGUAGUCGCAACAGAUAUGGUAAGUGACCAUUCAGCUCAGAGCAUUUAACUUCAGUCCAACUUGCAGGUAGGUCUUCAAGGUCUUCUCUGCAGGGGCAUUAGCUACGAAAUCCCAGUUUUGACCUUGCACCUCUGGAAGAUAGCCGAAGUGUGAGAAGCACCCGUGGUCUUCUGUGCCUUAGGAACAGCCGCUCUUGCUGGGUGGCUGUUUGCUUUCUCCUGGAAUGCAGACGUUCAGUUGUGGGCUUGGCCUGCGUUGCCAGGAGAAUAACUGAAAGCGGAGGGGGGGCGGGUAUGGCCGUGGCCGAAGUGUGCCAAGCCGGGAUUGCUUUCACCAGCUGAUCAAGUAUGGCUGCACUUAAGCAUUGCAGGCAGCCUGCUUCUGCGAAGUGGUACGACCGAAGGGACUAUGUCUUUAUUGAAUUUUGCGUGGAAGACAGUAAAGAUGUUAAUGUAAAUUUUGAAAAAUCCAAGCUUACAUUCAGUUGUCUUGGAGGAAGUGAUAACUUCAAACAUUUAAAUGAAAUUGACCUUUUUAAUAAUAUUGAUCCAAAUGAAUCAAAGCAUAAAAGAACAGACAGAUCUAUCUUGUGUUGUUUACGAAAAGGAGAAUCUGGUCAGGCAUGGCCAAGGUUAACAAAAGAGAGGGCAAAGCUCAACUGGCUCAGUGUGGACUUCAACAACUGGAAAGACUGGGAAGAUGAUUCAGAUGAAGACAUGUCCAAUUUUGAUCGCUUUUCUGAGAUGAUGAACAACAUGGGCGGAGAUGACGACGUAGACUUGCCAGAAGUAGAUGGGGCAGAUGAUGACUCACCAGACAGCGAUGAUGAAAAAAUGCCAGAUCUGGAGUAAGGAAAACUGUCGUCUUCAGGGUUUGGGGAAAGAACUUCAUCACAACAUUUCAUAAUUGAGAUAAGAAUUCCUGAGUUGAUAGCCCUAAAGGGAGAUCCUGCAUCCUUUAACCCAUUUUCAGUCCAUUUUAAAUGGCUUCACUGAUGGUAGGUGUGUACCAUUGCACGGGGCGGUCCUAAGCCAUGAGAGGCAAUAACGUUAUGCAUGAACCGUUUUCCAGACUUCCAAAAAAAAAAAACAAAACCCAAUUGAGGUGUAGGCAAUCGAUAUAGAACAGUCGCAAUAAAGUUUACAGAGCCUCCUUGCCUCGUAGCAGAUGUAAUUACAAUGGGAGAAUCCUGAAUUCACACCAAGUGGUAAAUGAGCAUUUUUUUCCCCUCCGCGGCCUGAAAUUGUACGUUUGUACCGGGAACAAAACUGGCUGUAACACGGAUGUUGUCAGUGGCUCGCCAGAUUCAGCAGGCAAUGUGCAGUACCUCUGUGGUGUCUUCAGGUCUGUUCCACUAAAGUUUGUAUUGAAAAGGAAACAAAAUUCUCCUCGUUUGGUGUUUAAUGCCGAGCCGCAUGCCCCGGCCUGGGGUGGGGGGCUGGAGCCCAUCCCCUGGUACCGUUUGACCCUAAAGCUUUACACCUCCUCCUCUGGGGUGCGAGCGGCUGUACGUUGUUGCUUGUCAAGCUGUAUGUUUAGACCAAACCGUAUUUGCACUGUGGGUGUGGGAGCGAGUGAUGGAUGUUGGGCGUGCGCGGGCGGCUUCGAACCGGGCUGAAAAACCUCAAUUUAUGUUCAGAGCAGCGGGGAUUUUUUUAAUGUCUGCAUUCUUUCUAAUAAACUGUUGAAGACUC